UUCUGGCAACAUUUUUAACAUGGCCGCAUGUUGAACGAGACGAUUUUCUUUACUGUUUGCCAAAAUAGACGAUAAAUAACGAAAUUUGUGAGCGGAUUUUUGUUAUUUGCAUAGCUAAAGACUAAUAUAGUUCGUGACACAAAUAUUCGUGCCUUGAAGAUGAUGCAUCACCCGAACAUGCAUCAUCAGCCGAUGUCGGGGCACCCGCCGCAGCAUAUGGGUGGCCACCAGGGUAUGCCUGGGCAUCAUCAAAUGCCGCCCCAUCAGAUGCACAGAGAAAACAGGCACGUAACACUAACUAGGGUGGCGAUGGGUCCGUCGCAGCCGGGCGCCGGGAUGGCGGGUCAUGGCCAGGCCAUGGGCGGCAUGGGCGCCAUGGGCGUCCCGCACCAUGGGCCCGGCCAGCGUCCGCCGCACCCCAUCAGGCCGAUGCCACACCAUCCACAGGCUCAACACCACUCUGUGCCACCACAGAUGAAGCCAAUGCGGCGGCCUUACAACAUGGGCGGCGCGUACGGACCGGGAGCGCCCGGCGUCAUGCCGCCGCCCUAUGCCCAGCCGCAGCGGCAGCCGCAACCGCCGGCAGUACAACCCUCACACACAGUAGUGUCGACACAGUCUAGCACCGCGCCGAGCGCAGCCAGCGUGGCAGAAGCUGCGGACAGCGCGAAGGCGGCGCCCGCGCCCGCGGCAGACAAGCCCGGGGACGAGCGCGCGGCGCCGGGCGACAGUGAGGCCUCUCGCCCGGCGCCCCCGGCCAACAGUAAAGAGAAGACUCCUAUGUGCCUGGUCAACGAGCUGGCCAGGUACAAUAAGAUUAAGCAUCAAUACCGCCUCACAUCAGAAACUGGACCCGCUCACAAAAAAGUAUUCACAGUAACACUCCGAUUGGGUGAUACUGAGGAAUACACUGCUGAGGGAUCGUCAAUAAAACGCGCCCAGCACGCGGCGGCGAGCGCGGCGCUGACGGCGACCAGCUUCCCGCCGCCGCCGCCGCGCGCGCCCGCCGCGCACGCCUCCGCGCACCCGCAUCAUCGCCACUCAGGUGCAGUGAUGCCGACGGUGGAGCUGAACGCGCUGGCCAUGAAGCUGUGCCAGCCCGCCGUGUACACGUCCAUCCCGCCCGUGUGCGCCGGCGUGCGCGCCGCCCGCCCCCGCCCGCCGCCGCCCUACCGCUUCCCGCUCGCGCCCGUGGCCGUGGGUGCCGUGCUCUCUACACACGCGGCCGUGAAGCUGUGCCAGCCCGCCGUGUACACGUCCAUCCCGCCCGUGUGCGCCGGCGUGCGCGCCGCCCGCCCCCGCCCGCCGCCGCCCUACCGCUUCCCGCUCGCGCCCGUGGCCGUGGGUGCCGUGCUCUCUACACACGCGGCCGUGAAGCUGUGCCAGCCCGCCGUGUACACGUCCAUCCCGCCCGUGUGCGCCGGCGUGCGCGCCGCCCGCCCCCGCCCGCCGCCGCCCUACCGCUUCCCGCUCGCGCCCGUGGCCGUGGGUGCCGUGCUCUCUACACACGCGGCCGUGAAGCUGUGCCAGCCCGCCGUGUACACGUCCAUCCCGCCCGUGUGCGCCGGCGUGCGCGCCGCCCGCCCCCGCCCGCCGCCGCCCUACCGCUUCCCGCUCGCGCCCGUGGCCGUGGGUGCCGUGCUCUCUACACACGCGGCCGUGAAGCUGUGCCAGCCCGCCGUGUACACGUCCAUCCCGCCCGUGUGCGCCGGCGUGCGCGCCGCCCGCCCCCGCCCGCCGCCGCCCUACCGCUUCCCGCUCGCGCCCGUGGCCGUGGGUGCCGUGCUCUCUACACACGCGGCCGUGAAGCUGUGCCAGCCCGCCGUGUACACGUCCAUCCCGCCCGUGUGCGCCGGCGUGCGCGCCGCCCGCCCCCGCCCGCCGCCGCCCUACCGCUUCCCGCUCGCGCCCGUGGCCGUGGGCGCACCAGUCGGCGUGGCAGGCGUGGGCGUGGGCGGGCCGCUUCUCUACCGCGUGCGCGUCAGCGUCGGCGGCCGCGCCUGGCUCGGCGAGGGCGCUACACCACAAGCUGCUAGACAUGACGCCGCCGCUCGAGCGUUACACGACCUGCGGCCCUCGCCCGGAUCACAGGUGGCUGCUGCUACGGCGACACCCGGCGCUGCUGCUACGACCAAUGGCACUGCUACGACCACUACAGCGCAGACGGAAGGAGAAAAUGGUGAGUUGAGGAGACGCCCGCGGCUUGCACGAUCUGCGGCCCUAGGUUUAGUGCAGCUGCUGCUACGGCGACACCCGGCGCUGCUGCUACGACCAACGGCACUGCUACGACCACUACAGCGCAGACGGAAGGAGAAAAUGAAGCUACGCACGUGCUACGACGCCGCCGAUCGUGCUUUUCACGACCUGAGGUUCUCGCCUGGAUCACAGGCCGCCACUGCUACGACGACACCCGGGGCUGCUGGUACGACCACUACAGCGCAGACAGAAGGAGAAAAUGGAGACGCGAGCGCCGAUAUCCUGAACUCGGAGGUGAAGUCGCCGGUGUCGCUGGUGCACGAGCUGGCGCUCAAGCGGAACCUCUCCGUGCAGUUCACCGUCAAGUCCGAGCGCGGCCCGCCGCACAUGCGGGUGUUCGUAACGGCGUGCACAGUGGGCGACAUCGAGACGGAAGGCGAGGGCAACGGCAAGAAGGUGUCCAAGCGGCGCGCCGCCGAGCGAAUGUUGGACGAGAUGCGGCGCCGCUGGCCGCCCGCGCUGCUGCGCCCGCGCCCGCCGCACGACAAGCGCCGCCACCAGCCCGCCAAGAAGAAACCCAGGAACCUCAUCAAGGAAGGCGGCGUAACAGCCUGCGCUACCAACGGCUGCGCGGGCGCCGACAACCCGAUAUCCCGGCUCGCCGUCGCCCGCCACGCCGUGCGCGCGCGCUCGCCGCAGUACCGCGUGCUAGAGGAGCGCGGGCAAGCGCGCCGCCGGGAAUUCCUGGUGCAGUGUGACGCGCCGCCGCACUCCGCUACCGGGCUGGGACCCAACAAGAAGGCGGCCAAGCGACGCGCCGCGCACAGUAAGUUAUUCCCACAGAAUGAAGUACUACGUACAGAGAGUUUUCUUCGCGAAGAGGAGCGCGGGCAAGCGCGCCGCCGGGAAUUCCUGGUGCAGUGCGACGCGCCGCCGCACUCCGCUACUGGGCUGGGACCCAACAAGAAGGCGGCCAAGCGACGCGCCGCGCACAAGGAGCGCGGGCAAGCGCGCCGGCGGGAAUUCCUGGUGCAGUGCGACGCGCCGCCGCACUCCGCUACUGGGCUGGGACCCAACAAGAAGGCGGCUAAACGACGCGCCGCGCACAGUAAGUUAACCCCAUCUACGGUUCUGGUAUACUUGCGCGAAAAGCCAUUUGCGCGCAUGGAAACUUCCGCGAAAAGAUAUGAGCGCGAAAGACAUGCGAAAUGCAAAUGGCUUUACGCGCAUGUCUCCCGAUACGUACGUCUACACGCCGUGCGCGCGCGCUCGCCGCCGCACUCGGCUACCGGGCUGGGACCCAACAAGAAGGCGGCCAAGCGACGCGCCGCGCACAAGGAGCGCGGGCAAGCGCGCCGGCGGGAAUUCCUGGUGCAGUGCGACGCGCCGCCGCAUUCUGCUACUGGGCUGGGACCCAACAAGAAGGCGGCUAAGCGACGCGCCGCGCACAAUGAACAGGCCUGUUUAAUACCAAUGGCUGAGCGGGCGCCAAUAUCCCGUCUACAUGUGGUCCGCGCGCGCUCGCCGCAGUACCGCGUGCUAGAGGAGCGCGGACAAGCGCGCCGCCGCGAGUUCCUGGUGCAGUGCGACGCGCCGCCGCACUCCGUUACAGGGCUGGGACCCAACAAGAAGGCGGCCAAGGGACGCGCCGCGCACACGCGAAAGACAUGCGAAAUGCAAAUGGCUUUUGCGCAAGUGUCCCGAUACGCCCGUCUUCACGCCGUCCGCGCGCGCUCGCCGCAGUACCGCGUGCUAGAGGAGCGCGGGCAAGCGCGCCGGCGGGAGUUCCUGGUGCAGUGCGACGCGCCGCCGCACUCCGCUACUGGGCUGGGACCCAACAAGAAGGCUGCUAAGCGACGCGCCGCGCACAAUGUCUUACUAGCGAUGGAGAUGAGUACCAACGCGACGGACGUGGCGGCGGUGGCGGCCGCUAAUAGCGCCGAGGCUAACGGCGCCGGCGACGCGCCCAGCGUCAGCCAGGGGGACAGUAAACGAAAGGAGGGGUCGAUGUCCCCCGCGGGCGCUGGUACAACAGGCGGCGCGGCGGGCGAGGUGCGGCAGCCGGUGCCGGGCGUGCUGCUCAUGGACUACCACCAGCGCUCCGGCCAGCCGCCGCAGCCCAACGGCGUCAGCGAAACUAGCGCGACGGGCGGCGGCAGCUCGCCCGGCGCCAAGGACCAGCUCAUGUACCUGGCGCAGCUGUUGGGCUUCACCGUGCAGUUCUCGGAUUUCCCCAAGCGCAACCACGGCGAGUACCUAUCGCUGGUGUCCCUCUCGACGGAGCCGCCAGUGAUGUGCCACGGCGGCGGGCCCUCCACCGCGCAUUCGCACGAGCAGUGCGCGCGCGCCGCCCUCCGCGCGCUCGCGCUCAUGGGGCUCGACGCGCCCUCGCCCGCGCCGGGUGCGCGCGCGCCGCCCUCCGCGCGCUCGCGCUCAUGGGGCUCGACGCGCCCUCGCCCGCGCCGGGGUGAGUACAUCACUAGUGUCCACCGCGCACUCGCACGAGCAGUGCGCGCGCGCCGCCCUCCGCGCGCUCGCGCUCAUGGGGCUCGACGCGCCCUCGCCCGCGCCGGGGUGAGUACAUCACUAGUGUCCACCGCGCACUCGCACGAGCAGUGCGCGCGCGCCGCCCUCCGCGCGCUCGCGCUCAUGGGGCUCGACGCGCCCUCGCCCGCGCCGGGUGCGCGCGCGCCGCCCUCCGCGCGCUCGCGCUCAUGGGGCUCGACGCGCCCUCGCCCGCGCCGGGGUGAGUACAUCACUAGUGUCCACCGCGCACUCGCACGAGCAGUGCGCGCGCGCCGCCCUCCGCGCGCUCGCGCUCAUGGGGCUCGACGCGCCCUCGCCCGCGCCGGGGUGAGUACAUCACUAGUGUCCACCGCGCACUCGCACGAGCAGUGCGCGCGCGCCGCCCUCCGCGCGCUCGCGCUCAUGGGGCUCGACGCGCCCUCGCCCGCGCCGGGUGCGCGCGCGCCGCCCUCCGCGCGCUCGCGCUCAUGGGGCUCGACGCGCCCUCGCCCGCGCCGGGGUGAGUACAUCACUAGUGUCCCCCGCGCACUCGCACGAGCAGUGCGCGCGCGCCGCCCUCCGCGCGCUCGCGCUCAUGGGGCUCGACGCGCCCUCGCCCGCGCCGGGGUGAGUACAUCACUAGUGUCCACCGCGCACUCGCACGAGCAGUGCGCGCGCGCCGCCCUCCGCGCGCUCGCGCUCAUGGGGCUCGACGCGCCCUCGCCCGCGCCGGGGUGA